GCGGGCCCCGCCCCCGGGGCAAAGGGUGACAGUUCCCGGUGCUGCUAUGGCGGGCCUUACUCUACGCCUGCUCCUCCUGCUCUGCGGCGCCGCGGGACCCGCGCUGGGCUGGGACCGACCGAGUGAGACCCGUGGGGAUAAGGGGGGCUCAGCGCGCCCUCAGCCGCCUCUUCCGCCUCUCCCGGCGCGUUGGUGGCUCCUCGCGGCCCGGCAUUGCGCAGUGCUGCCGGUUUAGUGGCGGCCGGCACGGGCGAAGAAGGGCUUGUGCCGGGGUCCGCGCCAGGAAAGCGUUUGGGUUUGGGCUCCCUCUCAACCGGCUUGUGUCGUAGCAGUGACCCCGCACUGCGGUCAGCGGUGGCUGUCUGCCUGCGAGGAGUAGCCCGGAGCCGCCUCGGAAGGAAAUGGGGAUCUCUGCCGUGUUUCCCUCUGUGCGUCUGAUGCUUCCUAGAGCUUCAUCUCGUAAAGAUGCAGGCUUAUCGCUUCGGCCUCUGUAUCGCCAGCGUUUUCCUGAGAGGAGACCCUUGUAGUCAAGAGGAGUGUGCCUGCACGGGCGCUGAGAAACAGUAGGAAGAAUUUUUUCACAGGAAGGGUGAUCAAACAUUGGAAUGGGCUGCCCAGGAUGGUGGUGGAGUCAUCUUCCCUGGCGGUGUUUAGGGAAAAACUGGGCAUGGCACUCAGUACCAUCGUCUGGUUGACAUGGAGGGUUCUGCUGCGGGAUGUUCGGGCGCUCACUCUCCACAGAGGGCAAUACACAACAUCCAGGCGGACAGCUGCGGUCCCUCAGCUGCAGUGCACGGGAGGCUCUGCGGGGUGUUCCCGUGUCCCUGAGGUUGUGCAGUGCUACAACAAAGGAUGGGAUGGCUAUGAUGUACAGUGGCAGUGCAAAGCAGACUUGGAAAAUGCCUACCGUUUUGGACAAAUGGAAGUGAGCUGUGAAGGCUACAAUUACCCGGAUGAUCCCUACAUACCAAGAGGCUCCUGUAGUUUGCUGUUCAGGCUAGAGCUGACUGAGGAAGGUGAAAGGAAAGCGAAGAACUCUGGAAGCUUUGGCUCUAGCUAUUACCAGUCAAGGAAAGAUUAUUCUGAUUCUGGUUCUGGAGCAAUUGUUUUAAUUGUUCUUCUCGUUCUUGCUUUUGGAGUAUACAAGUUCUUCCUCAGCAACCAGCAGUCUCAGCAGAGUUCUGGGCACAGUGAUGGCUUCUCUCAGCCCUUCUGGCAGAGUCAGCAGGCACCUCCUCCUCCUGGUUUUAAGUCGACCUUCACAGAUGACAACAGCUUUGGAACUCAUUCCCAUCAUGGAACCAGUUCAGGACCAGGAUUUUGGACUGGAUUAGGAGCAGGAGGCUUGCUAGGCUACUUGGCAGGCAGUCACAGAGCGCAGCCACGUUCCCCGUAUCACAGUAUGUGGACAGAUCCCACAGCUGUACCUCCUAUGCAUGGGCACUCAAGGAAUUCCACAGAAGGCAGCAGUUCAGGAACAAGAACUGCUUCUGGCUUUGGGGGCACAAAGCGAAGAUGAAAUCCUUGACAUUAUUACAUCAGAUUGAUUGAACUAAGUCUUGUUGUGUACUUGUACUUCUUUUAGUAGUAGUAUACUUCAGAAGUGGAUAUGAGGUAUGAAAGACUAGGCAAAGAAUUCCUCCCUUUCUCUGUGGACUCUCACUGCUAUUUGGGGUAUCACAGGUGCUGGAAUAUCCACUAUUUCAAAUGAGCAGCACCUCCUACAGAAAAAGCUCAUCCAAGUAAAGAAGAAUGGUGUUACAGUGACCAUGUAUCUGUCUGUACUUGAGGUAUAGAUUUUCAAAGCAUAUAUCUUACUACUCAUGUUCUGGGCCUAAUUUCAUUUGAUCCAGAAUUUCUGAUAAUUUUUUUUCCUCUUUCCUGGUAGUCCAGCAUCUACCUGAUACGUAAGGGGUGCUGUUCUUUGAAGUUACUUUUGUUUGCCUUUGCAGAAUUCAUGUGAACUUUAUUGUAAGUGCAGUCAGCUACUCAGAUAAGUGUUGGAGUUCUUCCUCAGUGGAUGAGAGCAAAACUGUGUAUAGACUAACAUUAGUAUGUUCAUAUCUGUGCUAUGUGAUUGUUGGAGCAAAAAUGUGAAGAUUCAUGUUAUAGAGUUUAUCCAAGGUGACUGUGCAAACCUAGGGGACUUGGUCUUUAAAUUAUUGGGGGUAAAUAAAUAAGUAACUUGGAAAUUUGGACCUUUUUCUGGAAGACUGAGGUAAUUUAAAUUCAAGUGAUUACAGACAUUUUUCCCUCAUUGAGGCCACAGAUUUUCCUUUUAAUGGUGAAUGUUGGCAAUGCUGUGAAAACUUGUGAUGUGAAUGGUCUGUCCUGCUAGAUCACCUGUCCGGGGCACAGUAAACCAAAGGUGCUCAUUGCAAAAGGGAAGGGAAUGUUCUUAAUGCAAAGAUGAUAGAAUCUCUGAGGUACAGCAGGCCUUGGUACUAAGCAAAGAAAUGAAAUUGAAUAUCUAACAGGAUGUAAACUUCCCCAAAUGUGCUUUUGAAAAACAAAGUGCUGUCAAAGAGAGGGAAGCAAAGAGACCUUGCUUUGUUCUGUGAUGAUAUUUUGGGGCCUCUGUGAAGUGUCAUACAGUUCUUGGGUGACUUAUUCUCUCCUGGAAGAGGCAUGGCUGGAUAAAAAGCAGAGAAAUUUCUAAGGAUUGUGGGGAGAGGGAAAGAGUAAAAAAUGGGCUGUUUGAUCACCAGCUCUUCUCCAGUCCAUCCUAAGAGUGUAGAAGUAUUUGUGUGGGCACAGCUUGUGUAUGCUGGCAGCAGCCAGAGAAGCAUUCUUUUAGUCUCAUGAAAAUACUGUGUCUGGGAAUUGAUAUCAGCUAUUACAGCUAAAGCAAAGCACUGUUCAGCUGAUACAGACUGCAUCUCUACAAGGAGAUUAAGUAGGUCUGGUUAGUCUAAGAAAGUGACUUCAGCAUAACUCAGGGAAAAGCAACCAUGUCCAUUCAUGAGUACAGAAGGAAUUACCUCAUAUGGUAACACCCAAAUUCAGUGUAUGGCUUAAGCAAUGAAAAGAAAAGAAAAGAAAAGAAAAGAAAAGAAAAGAAAAGAAAAGAAAAGAAAAGAAAAGAAAAGAAAAGAAAAGAAAAGAAAAGAAAAGAAAAGAAAAGAAAAGAAAAGAAAAGAAAAGAAAAGAAAAGAAAAGAAAAAGAAAAAGAAAAGAAAAUGUGAAAAAUGUGAAAUGAUUAAUUCAUGUUCUUAUGGUAAAUUGGAAAACUAUAAAACUGUAUAAAUUUAUAUUAGGUAAAAGUCUAUGUUUUAGGAGACUUUGCAGCACAUAGUGAAACUAACAACCUUGAAAAAGCAGACGCCUCCAUUCAGAAAGGAACAAAGAACUUUUCUGGGAAAGCCUGCAGCCUUCUCAAGUACUGGGAGGAGACCUAUCGAGAUAAGGUGGCACCAGCAACUCACACCUUAGUUGCCACCUUCACAGACUAUCAAGCAACAUCAUCUAUAUCUCGAUCAUUCAUUAACUAUAAGGAUCUAUAGAAAUUGGACAUUAACAUAUGAACUGAGAAAAGAACUCUUUUCUGCCUAGUCGGGGAAACUCUUGAAUUUGUAUAGCUAGUCGGGAAACAAUGGGAAAUAUGGGGAAAUAUUGCCGAGGGCAGAAUAAAGUGUAUAAAAACCAAGCUCCGAACCGGGCAAAUCUGUGAACCGUUGGGGGAGAUAGCAGACUGCCAGGCUCUGUAUCUCACGGUUCACCCUUGGCAUUUUCUCAGGAAAACUCUGUCAAGUUUCUCCGCUGUUGGUGGGUUUAUCGAAAUUCUGUGAUUCGAUCUUUAUUAAUAAAGCAAAUUAUUAUUUUAAUUAGAGUAUCGUAUUGGCAUUUAUAACAGUUUUGGCGCCCUUAGCGGGGCCAGUUUUGGAAAAUCUGUAGACCCCCGUAUCUGACUGGGAGGCGUCCUGCUGUAAAAAGCGGCUCAGCAAAUAAAAAUAAGUCCAGCAGAACCUACUGGCUGAACGAACUCAAAAACCACAACAGCGGAAGGGUAAAAAGAACAAGCUAGCUUGGGUGGGCUCGAGAACUCAGCAGGGAAAAGUCCCUAGUAACCGCAGUAUUGUUUCACUCGUAAAAAUCUACGUGCACGAAAAAUCCACACAAGAAAAAUGAUCGUAAGUAUCGUGUGAUUGAGUGAAGUAACCUAGUGAAUGAGAACGUGUGUGUGUGUGUGUGAAAGAGACGUGAUAUUAUCACGAAGCGAGAGCGGACCUCGAGAUCGCGGUUCCGUUGUCCCAUGAGAGACGCGGCCGGUCAACAGAGAAGCAGGUGAAUUUGUGAGAUUUGUGUGUCUCCCGACGGAGAAGUUGGUGGUCACCAAGAGUCUUGAAAGAAACAAGACGUCCCAUAGAGUUCGGGGACUAAUAAGCCUUCUUGACUGCAACCUUAGGGUCGGUUAAUUUUUUCGGUGGCAGUUGUCGAGCCCGCCGUUAAACGAACCUCCCCAGAACAGUCCUCUAGUAGAUUACUAAGUUAACGGCACCGAGUUCAGAAAGACUCGGGAUUUAAUUUUUGUGUGUGUCAACCCAUCAAAAACUUCUGCGCCACGAGAAAGAUGGGGUCGUAUCUCAGCAAAGAUACGAGAUAUCAGCUAUGAGAAACCUCAGAGGAGGUAGUUCCCGAGAUCCCGAAGAAAAGCCCCCUGAGGUGAAUACUAGAAUGUUAGAAAGAGUAUCCCGAGGGGCGAGAAAAAUCUAAAAGAUGAUUUACUUUUGUAUGAAAGUAUGGGGAGGCAAAGAGAUAGAGAAAUAUGUGAUUUAACCGAUGUUUAGCACGUUUGAGUCAUAGACAUGUCAAGCUCUGUGUAAGUAUGUAAAGAACAAGGAACAAAGGGAAGUAGACGAGUUAGAAUAUGCACAGUUGUGGGAGGAAUCACAGUUUAGUAAAUCUUAGGAAGAUAUUAAAAGAGAACUAGAGAAAAUUAAAGAUUAGCAAAGAAGAGGUUUGCAGGAAUUAUUAAAAGAAGCUCAAAAAGUGUAUAUGCAGCAAGAGAAAACACAGCAAAAGAUGCAAGCACGGGUGUUUAGUAGCAGCCGUGCAAGAAAUCCAGAGUAAGAGACCACCCCAAAGACCCGAAUGUCUAGAAAAAAGAGGUGGCAUUAGAGAGAAAUCGGGACAGUCACCCCCGAGCCGAAAGAAAGUAUAUAAGUAUAAAGAAGCUCUUCAGUGUUUUCACUGUGAGAAAACUCUGUCAAGUAUCUCCGCUGUUAGUGAGUUUAUUGAAAUUCUGUGAUUCAAUCUUUAUUAAUAAACCAAAUUAUUAUUUUAAUUAGAAUAUCGUAUUGGCAUUUAUAACGAAAAGAAGAAAAGAAAAGAAAAGAAAAGAAAAGAAAAGAAAAGAAAAGAAAAGAAAAGAAAAGAAAAGAAAAGAAAAGAAAAGAAAAGAAAAGAAAAGAAAAGAAAAGAAAAGAAAAGAAAAGAAAAGAAAAGAAAAGAAAAGAAAAGAAAAGAAAUAUACAAGCAACCUAAACUAGCAAAUCCCAGAAAUCUUUAUGAAGUUGACAGCGAGAAAAAGUGCUUCAUAAAAAAGUGCUUGUACUAAAAGUGUUAUUUCGAAAGUAUCAAAUGAAAUUGAUAACUUGAGGGUGAAAUGGUGGUUUGUUUCUCAGAGCUACCUGGGGGUUGGGGGAAAAUAACUGCAUUAAUAGCCUGCACUAUGAACCUAAAAAGGGAAAUGGCAAAGACCUUACUGAUGGCCUUCCAGAAAGGUCUACUUUUUAUGAUAAGAAGUCCAUAGUAAAUCUCUUAUAUUUAUGACAAAGUGUAGCAAAAGAAUAUAUUUUAAAUAUGGAGUUCUUACUUAUUUCUAAGUGUAUUCAGGUUAAGCUUGUCACAGUCAAUAUUUGCUUUGCCAACCAAUUGCAUAACAAUGAAACUGGAUUUUUUCUAACUGGGUAGUUUGAAGCUGAAGUUUGCUCUUAAAUUACAGUAUGCUAUGAAAUGUUUUAGACAAUGUUUUCAUUUGCAUUUAUGUAUUUAUAGUUGCUGCAUGAAAUGUGAUUUGAUAAAUAAAUCUGAUACAUAAAUCUA